CGUUGGUUCUUCCUUUUGUUUAGUCUUGAGGAUUUUUCUUGUUGAUUAAUUAGUUAAUCUUUAAUUUAACUUUAAUUAUUUAAUAUUUUAAUACUUGUCAACUAUUAAUUAAACAAAAUGUCAACCACUGGAAUGUUAACUGUCCAAGGACAGAGAAUCACUGGUAAUUCUGUGAGAACUCAAAAUGUGAUGGCAUGUUCGGCUAUUAGUAAUGUUAUCAAAUCAAGUUUUGGUCCCAUUGGGUUGGAUAAGAUGCUGGUAGAUGAUAUUGGUGAUGUUACCGUGACCAACGAUGGGGCGACUAUUCUUAAACUUCUUGAGGUUGAACAUCCGGCUGCCAAAGUUUUGGUCGAUUUGGCUGAUCUACAAGAUCAGGAGGUCGGUGAUGGUACCACUACUGUGGUAUUAAUGGCCGCUGAGCUUUUGAAAAAUGCCGAUGAGCUAGUCUCUAGUAAAAUCCAUCCUACUUCAAUUAUUAGUGGUUACCGGUUGGCCUGUAAGGAAGCCUGUAAAUUUAUCCAAGACUGUAUGAGUAUUGAUACCGACAGUAUCGGGCAAGAAUGUGUUCUAAACGCUGUUAAAACUUGUCUAUCGUCUAAAUUAAUUGGCUCUGAAUCGGAUUUCUUUGCUGGCCUUGUCUUGGAUGCUUGUAACACCGUUAAAUUUGCUAAAGCUGAAGACCCGAAGUCGUUUAUUUACCCAAUUAAAAACAUUAGGAUUCUUAAAGCCCAAGGAAAGAGCACCAGGGAGAGUAUAAAUGUUCAUGGUUACGCCCUUAACUGUUCCCUUGCUAAUCAAGCUAUGAACAAGCAGCUUAAGAACGCAAAGAUUGCAUGUUUGGACUUUUCUCUUCAAAAGGUUAAGAUGAAACUUGGUGUGCAAGUAUUGAUCAACGAACCAGCUGAAUUAGAAGCUAUAAGAAAACGGGAAUGUGAUAUUGCUAAAGAGCGAAUGCAAAAAAUUAUCGCCGCCGGAGCCAAUGUAAUACUCACAACUGGUGGUAUUGAUGAAAUGUGUGCUAAAUAUCUGGUCGAAGCUGGUGCGAUGGGAGUACGACGGGUGAGAAAAAUGGAUCUGAAGAAAAUCGCUAAAGCAUCAGGUGCCACUAUGAUCUCUACCAUGGCUAACAUGGAAGGCGAUGAAACCUUUGAGACCGCAAGUCUUGGUGAGGCUGAAGAAAUUGUCGUUGAACGUAUUUCCGAUGAUGAGGUUAUCCUUAUUAAAGGAAUGAAACAUCACAAUGCAAGUUCAAUUAUUGUUAGAGGACCAAAUGAAUAUUUUCUCGAUGAAGUUGAACGAUCUUUAAUCGAUGCACUUAACGUUGUAAAAAGAGUCAUGGAAUCAAAGAAAGUUGUUCCCGGUGGUGGUGCCGUUGAAGCUGCUCUAUCAAUCUAUCUCGAGAAUUUGGCUACUUCGAUUAGUUCAAGGGAACAAUUGGCAAUCGCUGAAUUUGCUCGAGCCAUGCUCGUAAUUCCAAAGACAUUGGCUGUUAAUGCGGCACAAGACGCAACCGAUUUAAUCGCUAAACUUCGUGCUUAUCAUAACACCUCCCAAACCAAACCCGAAAACAAUAACUACAAAUGGUAUGGUCUUGAUCUUUCAGAAGGUACCGUUCGUGACAGUGUUGCUGCCGGUGUUUUAGAACCUGCAAUGUCUAAAAUUAAGUCACUCAAAUUUGCAACUGAAGCUGCAAUCACUAUCUUACGAAUUGAUGAUUUAAUCAAACUCGAUAAAGAAAAAUCUGAUCCAUCGGGUGGUUGUUAUGGUGAUGAUGAAUAAAUCUCAUUUUAAAUGAGAUGUUUGGAGAAAAUCAAACCCUGUAAACAUUUUCACCACAGAAACUCAAGAAAAAAAGGGGAGAAUUUUCAAUGAAUUGGAAAGAAACGAUGAAUUCUAAUCAUAUUUUUAUGAUUAUCAACGAGAAAAAAAACAAUCAGACCCACACAAUUAACCAAAUAACUAAUAUUAACUAAAGCUUAAUCUCUCUCUUUAUACCUACCUGUUUCUCUUCAUUUCUACUCUUCUUUUCACUUUGCUUUUUUGAUCAAUCCUUUCCACUUAACAAUAAAAAACACUGUGACUUAAAUAA